UUGAUUGUGAAGAUAUAUCGUGUAUAGAACAGCUGACGAGAGAUGACAAGAAAAUUUGGCUCUUUUUUUACGAGUUUGGUCAAAGGGCAUCGUACCGAUACUCCUAUAUCGUGAAAUACGAAGACAGGGAAGGUUGUCAGUCUAUAAUAGAUAGAAAGAAAUUAGGAAAAGGCAAAACAUUUGGACACGAGCUAUGUUCUGAUGAGGAUAUCACGACUUACACCACAAACUUCAACCCAGGACUCACAAUGCGUUGUUGCACAAAGGAAAACACAGCUGUUGUUGAAAAUGAUUUCUUGACAUUGAAGGACUUUGAUUGUUCAAGUAAGGUUAACAUAAAGAAUUUACUCAUGUUUACCUCCAGCGCGGAGAAAGUAAACAAGGAACUAAUUUAUGGAGUAAGAAAAGGAGACAAAGUAGUGUGUUGGCACAAUAUGGUCAGAACUAAAGAAAAACUUUAUACUAAUGUUCUCAUCAACUACAAACCUGAGGUUGAUCCACCGCAUCAGUGGUACGAGGAGGAUUCAAACAAUUGCCCUUUCGACACAAAGAAGGACAUACUUUUUAAGAAAGUACCUGAACUCAAGAACACACAAGAAUCGAGCAAUAAGAAAAUAACAUACUUAGCCAUGACGAAAAAAUUCGCAGUAAAGUUAGAAUGCUACGAAGACAAUGACGGAAAGUUUUAUUCUUCAGAAAUCCUACUGAGAGGAGAAGAUUUGGUUUUAUUUUCCGUUGAAGUUAAACGAUUGGAAUGUUCAUCUAAAAGCGAUCUUCAAAAGUUGCACGUGUCUUCAUGGAAAGGACUCUCUGAAGAUUACUUGUCUGUUGGAAUCCAGGUUGAGUCGAGGUGGUGUCGUUACGACGCAUGCGUCACUUGCAAGUCGCAAAACUUCAGACUUAACAUUGACGAAGAUAAGCCAAAGGAAACGCGGUGGUCAGAGCCAGGCUUUACAAUCAUAAGUCAGCCAAUAACAUUCAAACAUGAAAAAGAUUAUUUUGACGGCAAGGAGCUAAAAAAAAAGGACUUCAAAAAAAUGUUUUAUUCAAAUGCGUCCGUAAGAUUUCUGAUUCGUUGCUACAAAAUUGAAAACAGCUACAUUUCUGUAAUUGCCUCUCCUAGCGGAGUCAAAUUUGGGACAAUAACAGGCAUAAAUUGUUUACAAAACCAAUUUUACGAGUAUAAGGUCGUCACUACUAAGGGUAACAAAUGGAUUCUCUCCGAAGACAGAUUAAAAUAUGGGAAUCGUCUGAAAGAACCAUAUUGCUGGUAUUAUGGGUGUGACGAAGAAAAGGACCCAAAUGAGAAUGUCAUGAUAUUCUUUUUCUUUUGGCCCGAAGAAUCAACGGGAUCUUUACAGGACACUAAUGGAGAAAUACAAACAACCACUAAACCUGGAUGGCGUAUCGUAGAGUCUCCGUUCGAGCCUUUACAACCAGAAGACAAAGACAACCCUGCAAAUGACCAAACCCAGAAUCAGGUCUCAGCACUUACACAGACUCAACAACAGUCAUUACAGAAAACUAGACAUCUCCAGAACAUUGACAUAGAAGGCAAGAAUAUUAUAAAGCGUGAGGAAAUAAUACUGGAAGACAUUACCAGUACAGGAUCAUGGGUUCUGGUAGCAAAGUACCGACAGAAAUACGAUCCUGGAUUUGUACUACUUUGCCAACAAUCAGCGGACAACAAAUACUACUCUAGUGUUUUCAGUGGCGAAGUUCACGUUCUUACAAUAGCAAAUCACGAUUGCUCACCCAAGAGAGAUUCUGGAUUUUUGAUAAUUGUUUCAAUCGAUGAAAGAGACAAAACAAGUGGGAAAGAGUUUGUCUUUGUAAAAUCGUCAGCCAAUGCCAUGUUUAGCAUUUGUAGAAAAUGUAAGUCAGUUGAAUAUCUUCCUGCUUAUCAAGCCUGGAAACGUUCAUCUUGGUAUCAGGAGCCUAUAAUGGAAGGAUGCACACUGAAAAAAACCCAUAUACUCAGAGGGGACCAAGUGUUACCAGUAGGCCUACUGAAAGGUAAACUAGUCGCCAGAUACAUCAGUGACGACGGACUCUACAAUCUCAAUUGCUAUGAACGUAACAACAAUGAACACGUAUUGGACAUCAGGAGAAUAUUAGGAGAAACAUCAGCCAUUCAAAUCACAGGAUUAGAUUGUUCUACGGACGUGAAUUCAGUAUUUUAUUUCGCAUCCAGUUAUGGCAGUUAUACUGUAGGAGUGCCCUUAGCGGAGUCCCCCCAAAACGGCAGAAAUUUCAAACUGAAAACCCCUUGGUGUAUCUACAAUGCCUGGUCCCCCACCUUAGCUGAAUUAACCACAAUCGAACCGAAAAUCUAUAAUGAAGCCCUGACAAAUAUUAAAUGGAUCAAGGUGUCAUUAGAUUUUAACUUGCUGGUGAAACAGAAAGAUAUACUUUUGGAAGAACAUGAGAUAACUGUAGAAGAGAGUGAUCUUAAAGCCGUAUACCUAAGUAAAUAUGCUGACUAUGGACGGAGUAACCAUUACACCUUGUUGUGUUACAAAAGUGGACUUUCGGAACAUAUAUCUGUCAUCAAACAACUUGGAUCCUUCAAACUAGCUGUUAAAGGACUGAACUGUUUGUCCCUAUCAAGCUUACAAUCAGUUUUCUUCUUAUCACUUGACAACAUGAAAAUGACUGUAGGGUUCAUUCGGCUAUAUAGCCCCGAGAAACAAAUCUGGUGUCAGUAUGACGUAAAUUUAAGUGGGACUAAAACUGUCACUCCAGCUGAUCCGCAACAAAUUGAUAAAGUGGUUUGGUUGGAUUCUCCGUUCGAGCCUUUACAACCAGAAGACGAAGACAACCCUGCAAAUGACCAAAACCAGAAUCAGGUCUCAGCACUUACAACACAGACACAACGACAGUCAUUACAGCCAACUAAGUCUACCCAAAAUAGAGAGACCAAAAACAAAGACGACGAAGUUGUUACAGCGAGUGGUAUCACUACAGAAGACAACACCAGGUCGAUGGUUUUGGUUGCAAAGUACAAACAAGAGAAGUAUACAGUACUGACACUACUUUGCCUACGAUCAGAACAAAACGAAUACUACCUUAGUUUGUUCGACAACGACAAUCACAUUUUGACUGUAAAUUACGAUUGCUCCGGGGUUUCAAUUUAUUUAUCACCAUCUGAUUCAUUGACGAUUGCUGUUGAUAAAAAUGAUGAAACAAAUGGCAAAGAAUUUGUCUUCAUAUGGGUUCGUAAUAAAUGGUUUAGCGUCUGUAGAGUUUGUAAGUCAGUUACUCAUCUGUCCCUUUACAACAACGGGAAACCUCUUGAAUGGAAAAAGGAGCUUAUAAUAGAAGGAUGCCCUCUGAAAGCUGAUGAUAUAUACGUAGAAGAAAACAAGUUAGCAGUACAGAAAGAUAAACUAGUCGCCAGAUACAUCAGUGAGCAAAAUGGCUAUAAUAUAUAUUGCUAUAAAAGUGAAGGAAAGGAACAUAUAUUGGUCAUAAGACAAUCAAACCGAUUUAUAAUAUCUAUUAAAGGAUUAGAUUGUUCGUAUUCUAAGGAUGUGAAUUCCAUGUUUCUUUUCGAACAUCCAUACCCGAAUGUGAUGAGGGUAUAUGCAACCUUACCGGAGUCCCGUCAAAACGGCAGACUUUUGAAACUGGAACAUCCUUGGUGUGUCUACAAAGUCUACAACGGCAUCGCACCGGAAUACUAUGACAAACUCCGAGAGUCUAUUAAAUGGAUUGAGGAGAGAGAAUGCCGUGCAAUAAAAUCAAGAGACAUAUCUAGAUUGGAAGGAAUAUCUACCGGUAGAGUAAAAGCUACAUAUUACAACGGAAGAUCGAAUCCUUUUCAACUGAGCUGUUAUGAAAACGCGUUAAAGAAACCACACGCUAUCCUCAGUAUAAACAGUUACGAAAUUAAAAUCGAUUUGGACUGUGCAUCGGUCAACAAAAUAGAUGACAUGUUUCUUGCUGACGAAGAUAAAGGCUCCGGUGACAUCAUUAUUGGAAGUAGACCAUCCCCCACUUCAUCUUGGUGUUACUAUGCAAUUCCACGUGAAAAAGAUAAAGACAUUAAACUAGAAGGUGGACGAGAUCCAAGCGUCUUGCUCUCUCGAUGGUACAUGGGCUCUCAAGCAGAGUGUCCCAGCGUUUCACGGGCCAACAUAAUUACAAGCUCUCUAAAAGUAGAAACAAUUAGUAAAACCCUUGUAUCUACAUACUCAGUUGAUGUCAAGAAAGAAAAGGAGGAAGAACUACAAACGUUUAUACUUCAAUGCUAUCGUAAAAAUGAUAAAGACGCCAAAUACAUAUUGACGAUAGCAGAACGGAAAGAAAGUAAUGCCGAAAAUCGAUACCGUGAAAAACUGCCUUUUGAGGAUAACAUUGUAUUUUUAGCCGCAUUCGAUGAUUUCGACUGCGCUCCUGAAUCUAAUCGCCCUUUACAUGAAAAAGUGUACAUGUUCACAUUCAAAGACGGGUCAGAGAACAUUUUGUCUUUUAGAAGUAGAGUUGACACUGACAAGUGGUGCCAGUACGAUAUUUGUGUAGAGAAGUGUCCGAAAUCGAACCUGGUAUUCUUGAAAUAUGCUGCCAACCCAGGAGGGUUUGAAUCAAUCAAGGAAGGGGUCUUGCUGGAUAAAAACCCUUCAUUCAAGGAUCAAAGAUUAGUUGAGGACGACUCAAGCUUUGAAGAAAAGAAAUUUGAAGUUAAAAGAUACUUUAAAAAACAUUCCAAAACGUCAGUAAUACAAUACAUCAUCCUUGAAUGCUACAAAAUUAGUGAUCCAAAAUCAUCAAGAGGAGUUACAACUUUCUUCGGGGUAAUUAAAACCACGCAAGGACUUAUUUUGGCAAAAGUAAAAGCCUUAAACUGUUUUGAUGAUUCAAAUAUAUUUAAAAUCGUUUUGAGUUAUGUUAUGAUAAAGAAAGGUGAUGGAAGCGGAGCGUCUCUUGAUCUGGACUUCACAACCCCACCAGAACUUGGCCAAGAGUCUUGGUUCUACGGAAGUGCAACUGCAGAUACUGAAGUUAUUUUGUUCAUGGAAAAGUCAAAAAGUCCUCAUUAUAAUUUAUGGAGCAUGAUUCGCGAUGGCGAUGAUACAUGUCCUACAAUUCAUUAUACAAAUGAACGAGAUAUUGGAACUCUCCUACCAGAACAUGAAUUGGUUGCAGAAUAUGAAUUUACGCCUGAUCCAAACAGUGGCCUCACUAAAAAGCUUACACUAAAAUGCUACGAAAAGUCCAUUAUGAGACCUAAUGAAAAAGAUCAAACGGAGCGUCAGUUUUAUUUGCAAGUUCUUAAAGAAGACACGUCCUCCUUAGGCAUCAUACAGAAUGUUCGUCGAUGCGAUUCUCUAAGCACACUUCGUGAUUUUAACGUGAAAGAACACAAUGAACACGACGUUAAAUUGAUUAUUUUUACGGUCAGAAUCACAUGUCCUGCUACAUUCUACUCUUUGAUAUCUUGUGAAAAUUGUGAGGUGAAAAACUGGAAAUAUUACGAUUGGGGAAAUUCCUACAGUAAAAGCGAUCAAUGGAAAAUGCUACCCACCGCAUUUUGUAAAGAAUUCCAAGAAAAAAACAUACAUUUGGAUGACCAAGUCAGAGAUGGUGUAAGAAAACACAACUCACUAAUAAAUUAUAGUAAGGAGAAUGAAAGCACGUUCUUGAUGACUUGCUUUAAGAUUGCUGAUGGUAAAUUUACUACACGUGUACAAAAAGUGGAUGGAACGCACGUUGUUUCGAUAACCUCUAUUGACUGCUCGUCACCCGAAACGUUCAAUGAAUACAAUCUGUCUGAGAAAACAAAAAGGAUGUAUACUUAUGUUCAGAAAAAUGGUGGGAAAACAUAUUUCACUUUCAUAACUCAAGACGAAAAAUUUACUCAAACGGAAAAUUGGUGCCGUUAUGACGUUUGUGUUGAGUGUCAAAGUAAAGAGAUUAUUAGCAUGGUAGACACCAAAUCUGCCUAUUAUGGCGGGAGGAUGAAGUGGCAGAAUGGAAUAGACGUGUCCUUGGACCCCAAAACUGAAAACCGGGAUUUGUCUGAAGGAAAACUGUUUUCGAAGCAUGUUAACAUUGAGAAUAAUGAUUACAGUAUGGAAUGUUAUGAGGUAUAUUGGGAUGAGGGAAGGUCAUCAUUUGAGACAAUCGUAAAGGGGCCAAAUGGAUACCUCUUCAGUGUUAAUAGAUUUGCAUGCGAUUUAGUCGUGAAAGUGGUGUAUUUACAUACCAAAUAUAAGGACCGUUCGUACAGCCUAGUCAGACUAAACCAAAAACAGAAAAUAACUGAAGAAAUGAAAACCGCACAGGAGAAGACAGUCUUCAUAUUUGACAAGGAGUUGAUGAGCAAUGAGCUGGAGUGGAAGCUGGUUUCCAAUUUAAGGUUGUCAAUGUUGAAUUUCAUGGACUUUACUGGAGCGAAGAUUGGUAGGAAAUGAAGGCCUUAAACUAACCGACUUACUGAUCCCUAGGGCAAAAGAUAGUGGUCAAAAACAAUCCAACUGUAAUGCAGACAAUAUAAUGCAAAUGAUAAUAA